AAAACAGUUCAUUAGAAAACAUGCGUGCACUGCAAUAGUCAACAUUCCAUGUGUAUUAAAGUAGUAAAUGUUCACGUAAAAGCAUUGACUUAGAUUACAAAUUCACACAAUUCAUAUAAAUCGAGUUUACUAUUUUCCCUAAUUUAUAAUUUACAUGGUUGAGAAAAUUUAAGGGAAUACAUAUUUGCAUUUGUUUCGCUUUUUAGUCUUGGCCACGAUUAUUUCGCUUCAUUCAACGAUCCUUUAGUGACUGAUCUUUGAUCAACUCCGACCGACGGUAGACGGAAAUCAGCGAAGGCCAAACAAUAUCGAAAUAGUUACAUUGUUGUAGUACAGCAGCUAUAUGCGUCCACGUGCUUGCGAAUAUUUGUCAAGUAUCCAAGUAAAUUCGAAACUAGUGGAGAUAAGUAAAUCGAAAUUAUGUGAACUAUACUAAUGUAUACUCUUUCAAAAAUAUCUAAGUUUGCGUGAAUUUUAUGUAUACAACUUUAAUACAUAUGAACAAUUACGAUGAGUGUGUUUCUCAGUGGACUUUGUUUUUAUUUGCAGUGUUACGUUUAGUAGAUACUGUAGAUGAAAAAAAUCACGGAAAACAUAACAAAUACCGUGGUUCGUGUGUAUUUCUCGAUGAAAAGCGGAUAGGCACAUACAAGUGUAUUGCUGUUGAACGUUUGUGGCAUAUCGAAAAGGCGUAUGCCCUCUUAAUUCAAAAAUCCUAUAGAGAGAAUGUCGACAUGCUCUUGUGGAUUUACCGAGUACUCAAGUUAUACGCCAGGGUACAAUUCUUACAUAUUUUCUGCCUCCAAGCAAAUAGGAUGAGUACAGCUACGGGCCUGCUCUGACGUAUUGACGUAUAUCGAUCGACGGCGAUCAGCUGUCACUCAUACGACGAUGCAAAUCGAAUUGCCUGAUUCAGGCGUAAAAACGCCUAAUUUUUUUGUCAAUGACUAAUUAAUGAAGCUUCAAUUUUAACUUCAAUUUUAUCACUCUUGAUUUUCGUUUUAUUUUGACUCCUAGAAUACAAUACUCAAAUAUUGCUCACUAGUAGGUUUACACCCUGUAUAAUCAAAGUAUACUUCAGGUCCAUACUGAAAUCUCCCUGAGCGAGCCUUUAUUCCUAGAAACGAUUUGAAAUAUCAUGCAACGCGUUAAACAAAGAUAAUUCUAUUCUGACCUCAUCACAUUUGAUACACUGUUAUUCAAGAAUGUUUUAUGUCUAAUAAUCUGAUAUUUCGAUUAUAUCAUUAUUCUCUGUAAUGGAUAUAUACGACGGUUUCUCUCUAUCCGAAUUUUCGCUGGCAGACAUAUGAAUAGUCAAAUCGCGUAAAGGUGACGAAAACGGGGUGGUCAGGAGAUGAAAAGCUUUGUAUGUAGGGAGUAGCAGUUCGUGGGCGUGAGAAGGUGUACGGAGCGUCCCAUAUCUCGGAGGGGAGUAAAAGUAUCUCCCGAUUAAUCGAUGAAAGCUCGCUCGCCUGGCGAAGCUGCACGAAGCCCGAAGUAGAGUGAGGUGGUGGUGGAUAACUGUGGGUGGUUAAGGGAGAGGGUAGAAGUUACUACGGGAUACCGAGCCCAGAGUUUAGAUAGGGAAGAUAUGUACAAUCUAUACGUCCCCUUCUGUCACCAAUUUUUUAUCUAGCAGCAGUAAGUAGUGAGUAGUAGUGAGGAUUACGUGUUCACUUAUGUGCUGGAGGAGAAUCGGGCAAUAUUUGAUGGUGGAGAGGGAAGCAUGCGCAUCGUAUCUGGAAACUCUGACCUGACCGGGACUCGCCCCGAGUUUCAACGGGAACGGGAUUCAGUUGAGUAGGUGAAUUCGAUGAGAGAACAGUUUAAGUCAACGAUCGAUACACACAAUUAAAUUUAAUAUUGUGUAUUUGAUACGACUAUAUCAAAUCCCAAAGAGAAAUUUUUCAUAUUUGUACUGAGGGUCCAUCAACCGGAAUUAUUCUUUUAAAUUAAAUGACUAAAGAAUCGGUUGGUGACAGCUGUCUAAACGAAGCAGUUCAAGAAGGAUCUCAUCAAUGCCAAGAUAUCGAAUAAUCGAUGGAGCAGUCUAUGAAAUCCGGUCGUUCGAACGUGAGUUCGCCGGGCACCGCAUUUUCGGAGAACAGCACGAAUUCUCGAGGUUCCUCGCAAUCUCUCGACGACAUUAACAUAAAUUCAUUAAUGAGUACCCUGCUGCAAGACGUGAACACUGACAACCUGAAUACUCAACGUCAUUCAGCGUGUCCGCAGAAUAGAACUACGUCUAAUAGAUGCACAGGUUGCAUCGAUGUAACCUGUGAUGUAUGUUUCCCCAGUCAACUUUUGAAUUCUUCCGAAUUUGCUUACGAGGACGGAAACCCUCAAAACAUUUCUAAUCGUGGAAUUAAUACACCCAAUUUUGUUUCCUCGGGAUUAUCCACUCUUUGCGAAGUACAUCGCGAUGCACAAAGACUCUACUGCCAAACGUGUAGCAAGCCGCUUUGUGGUGAAUGUGGAGUUCAAAAUCACUACGGACAUGUGAUAAUGGAUUUCAUGGUGGCUUUAGAAGAUGCGGAAAUCCAGUCGAAGGAAAUAUCAAAGGAAGCCGCGCUUGCAAUUGACGCACUUAAGGAAGAACUGGAUGUUGUAGAGAUGGAAAAAGAAACAUUAGAGCAGAAAUUGUUAGAAGCAGAAGCAGACGUGAAGUUGUGGAAAAGAGAGGUAACUGCUGCUUUGGAGGCUAGAGAGAAGGAAUUGUUAGCAAGAAUCGAGAGAGCUAAGCGGCGAAAAGCUGCUAAGCUCAAACUGAAAUACGACGACCUGAGGAAUAAAAUAGACGGUUUGUCUCUCGUCACGGACAAGCUUAUAAAUACAAUGGAAUCAGAAACUGUAGAUAGUGAUCCAUUAAGUUUGUUGGCCGCUACGGACAUCGUGUCAGCUGAGGCCUUUAAAAUUGAUCAAAGUCAUCAGGUUUCAUCUUCACAAGAAGACAACUCGAUCGAUGAUAUUACGGUCUCGUUCGAUGAUAUAGUGGACAGUUUUCUAAACUUUGUAGCGAAUUUUGGAGAGGUCGUUGAGUACAAUGCAAAUCCCAUAGGUGGUCGUAUUAAUUCGAUCCAAACGUUCGUCAGACAAACGCCACCGAGUCCAGCAGUUUUGGUGCCGAAAGAAACUAUUCCCUCAAACGCAUUUCCUGUUACGAUUCGAUUAAAUAUAGAUACUCACCGAUCCGUGAAACCAUUGAAGAUUAUUGGUAACGAUGGCGACGUUAUGGAUAAUUUGUGUCGACCUUGGGGAGUUGCUUGUGACCGGGAAGGUUACAUAGUUGUUGCAGAUAGAUCGAACAAUCGUGUCCAGAUAUACAGACAAGAUGGUAGUGUCGUGAGAAGGUUCGGCACCCACGGGACAGCUCCAGGCCAAUUUGAUCGACCUGCUGGUAUCGCUGUCGAUGCUCGGCGACGCAUUGUGGUCGCUGACAAAGAUAAUCAUCGUAUACAGGUAAUGAAAAUGAAUAUAAGGGUGAAUCAGUAAAAAAUAUCAUAUAUAUUAACUUGUUACUUAAUGAUGUUAUCAAAAUAUGCUGUGCGUGAUUUCAUUAUAUAAUAGAGAUCAUUAAACAUAUAUAGGG